GAGGGGGAAGAGAAAAAAAAGGCUUUCGAGUGAGUGCGAUCGCCACAGAGCGCCACACUCGGGGGGAGAAGCAACAUGUGUCCGUGGCUCGCCCUCCUCCGGCUGCUGCCCCUCGCCGUGGCCUUGAGCGCCCUCCUGCCCCGCGGAUCCUCCACCUCCCGCUUCAGCCCCGAGGCCUGGCUGCAGCAGUAUGGCUACCUGCCCCCCGGAGACCUUCGGACGCACACUCAGCGCUCCCCACAGUCGCUCACGGCUGCCAUUUCGGCCAUGCAGCGGUUCUACGGCCUUCAGGUGACGGGCACAGCAGACUCCGAGACCAUGAAGGCUAUGAAGAGGCCCCGCUGCGGCGUCCCGGAUAAAUUUGGGGCGGAGAUCAAGGCCAACGUCCGGCGCAGGCGCUACGCCAUCCAAGGGCUGAAGUGGUCGCACUACGAUCUUACUUUUUGCAUCCAGAACUACACACCCAAGGUGGGAGAGCACGCCACCUUCACCGCAAUCCGACGCGCCUUCAGCGUGUGGCAGUCUGUAACGCCACUGCGCUUCCGUGAGGUUUCCUACUCGGAUGUGCGUGAGGGCCGCCAGCCGCAGGCCGACAUCAUGAUCUUCUUCGCCGAAGGCUUCCAUGGCGACAGCACCCCCUUCGAUGGCGAGGGAGGCUUCUUGGCCCACGCCUACUUCCCUGGGCCCCACAUCGGUGGCGACACUCACUUCGACGCUGCGGAGCCCUGGACGUCCCGCAGCGAUGACCUUAGCGGAAAUGACAUUUUCCUGGUUGCGGUGCACGAACUGGGCCAUGCACUGGGUUUGGAGCACUCGAACGACCCGUCCGCCAUCAUGGCCCCCUUCUACCAAUGGAUGGAAACGGAUAACUUUGAGCUGCCGGAAGAUGACCGGCGUGGCAUACAGCAAUUGUAUGGAACCGAAAUCGGCCACCCCAGUAAACCUCCGCCUAUCCCUCGAACCACUAUGAAGCCCCGAGUCCCAGACCGGCCGCCCAAGAACCCAACGUACGGCCCCAACAUCUGUGACGGGAGAUUUGACACCAUCGCUGUGCUAAGGGGCGAGAUGUUUGUCUUCAAGGACAAAUGGUUUUGGCGAGUCCGGAACAACCGCGUGAUGGACGGGCACCCUCUCCCUAUCGGCCAGUUCUGGGUUGGUCUCCCCUCGACAAUCAACACAGCCUAUGAGAGGAAAGACGGCAAAUUCGUGUUCUUUAAAGGGGACAAGCAUUGGGUCUUCAACGAAGCCACCUUGGAACCCGGCUACCCGAAGCACAUCAAGGAGCUGGGCAGAGGGCUUCCCACAGACCGGAUCGAUGCUGCUCUUUUCUGGAUGCCGAGUGGGAAGACCUAUUUCUUCCGGGGAGACAAAUAUUACCGCUUCAACGAAGAGAGCCGAACGGUUGAGCCCGGCUACCCCAAGCACAUUUCUGUCUGGGAAGGGAUCCCUGAGUCACUCCGGGGGGCUUUUAUGGGCAGCGAUGAGGUUUUCACCUACUUUUACAAGGGAGACCGUUACUGGAAGUUCAACAACGAGAAGCUGAAGGUGGAGCCAGGGUACCCCAAGUCUGUGCUCCGGGACUGGAUGGGAUGCAGCUCGGGUGGCGACCGCCAGGAAGACGGCGAGGAGGUCAUCAUCAUCGAGGUGGACAAUGCGGAAGCAGGGGAGGUGAACGCAGCCGCCGUGGUGCUGCCCAUUCUGCUGCUGCUCACCAUCUUUGCUCUGGGGAUCGCCCUGUUCAUCUUCAAGCGCUACGGCACGCCCAAACGGUUGCUGUAUUGCCAGCGCUCUCUGCUGGACAAGGUGUGACCAGGCGGGCUCCCUCGCUGGGCCGGGAGCACAAGGGCACUCCUGUCUCCCCCGCCUUGGCCACCAUCUCUCCUCCGGUGCUUCUUUUGUGAACCCUUUUGCCCUAGUCGCCACACUCUUCCUUCUCUGCCUUUCCCCGGUGCUUCCCUGCUGCCAUUUCAUCCUCCCUGCAUUCCUCUUCUUGCCUUCCUUCUGCCACUGCUCCUUGAGUGCUGCUUCCUUAAGCCAUGUCCUGAUCUCCUCUUCUCCACUUCCGUUUUCUCCUACUGCAUCCUUUCCCCUGGUCCUGUUCUCCCUCCUUCCUCCCCUCCCCUCCCCACCUCUCCUCCUUCUCGGUCUCUCCACAUCCCCUCCACUCCCCCCUGUUUCCAUGCAAGCGGGUGUGCUGAGCAUGCUCACCACGAGUGUAACUUGAGGAGGCAAAAGAGGACCUUCUUCCCCCAUGCUGGUUUCGGUCUCUGCCCGACCCCCGUCGCAGUGCACCCCUUGACCUCCGCUCGGGAAAAGGAGACUUCGCUUUGACCUGCCAACCUGCAAGGCAGGGGGAUAAGACGGCACACUGUGAACGCCCACCAAGGUUCCCCCCGCGCUCUCCCAUGGGUGGGAUCGAGGUUAAAUGAUCACGGCGACCCUCCCAAGUAUCCGCUGUUGUUCCUGCCGCCCACCCCGCAACCUUCUUCCAGGGUCACAUGGGAAUGAAGGAUGGGCAGAAGGAUGGGUAUUGUUGAUUAGGAGUGAUGGGAGGGGAGUUGCAGGUUUUCGGCCUCGUGGUGGGCGGAGCUAUGCAGACGAAAUAGGGAAGCUGCAGGGUUUUGGGGCGGGGCAACGUAGCUGGGAGGAAAUCGCGGCAUUCCAAAAAGGGAACUCUUUUAUCAUUCCAUUGGGCGUGGCUUGAAGAGGAGGGAGGAGCCAUGGCUGACCAAUAGAGGCGCUUAUGUAGAUUACCCAACUGGGAGUGGCAGGGAGGGCCCUUGGUGGAAGACAAGGGGCGGGGUCUAAAAUGUGGGGCGUGGCAUGACAGCUUAUACCUUUUGGAGGUGGGGAAGCAUCUUAAGAGGGCCAAACCUUGGGAAAGUGGAGGUCUCCCACACAGCAGAGAUGGAGUCAGCCAUUGGUACCCAGAAUGCAACAGAGAGCGGGGCAAGUUUGGGAGCAGGAGGAAAGGGAAGGGUGGUUGUGGCCGUCGGUCUGGAGGUGGAGGAGGAGGUGUAGAAUGGGAUGGAGUUGGUCAGCACGGUUCAAAUGAUUCUGCAUAAAUGUUUACUCCAAUGUCUGAUUAUAACUGCAUGAAGUUUACAGUUGUCAACUUCCAAUCCAUUCUGGAUUCUUAAAAAAAAAACCAAACAAAGCAAAGUAGCAAUUUCCAAAAACGAAAAGAAAAAGAAAAAGUGGAAGAAAAAAUUCCUAUUGCACCAGAGAACUGCCUCAAACUGCCUUAUCCUCCUUUCUUAGGGAAAAUGUUUAAUUUUGUUUGUUUGUUGAAUAUGUAAUUUUUUUAAUUAUUCUAUAGAAAUGCCUUUUUUGAAAAAAGAAAGUUUAAAAUAGUGCAUUAACAGGGUGGGGAAAUCAGAAUAGGGGUGGGAGAUUGAACCCCCAGAUCCUGCGGGCCGGGAACGAGGUAUCUAAACUCUCUCCUAUUCAGACCAUUUUCCAUUGGGGGUGCGGGGAGGGUGUGUCUGGAUUCUGGGUCUUGUGUUUUCAAAUGGUCUCCAAACGGAAUUAAACUGUGUUUAACGAUACAUUUGGGUUUGUGGGCGGGUUUUAAUAUUGUUUAUUGUUUCACUUUAUUGUUAUUAUUAUUUUGCUAUUAUUAAUAAACACCCAUUCUUUGGGAGGGGAAUAUAACAUACAUCGCUGGGGCCUGUAGGCUGUUUUAAAUCUGUUAUUCCUUUUAACGUUUAGCAAUAAAAACCCCCAUUUCUGGGUGGAAAUGGACUCAAAA